CUUUGACUCAUUCUUUUCUGGGUAUAUAGACCAAAUUGUCUCCAACCCAGAAGCAGCCUGUAAUCCAUAAAAAUCUCCAGACCAACAGUGACAAUGACGAAGGGAAUUUGUUUCCUUCCUGCAAGGGCAUUUAUCCACAGCCUUCUCUGCUCAAGAUCAGUUACAAGAUGGAAGGUUUCCCAGGCCUGCAACUACUGUUGAUGCUCACAGGUCUUUUUGCAUCCUGUACGUCUUAUUUGUUCCCGAGUCCUUCUACUGCAAGUUUGCAAAACAUAGGAAAGAGUCCAAAGGAGGUGGUACUAACUCAAGGAACCUCCCUCAGAAUAAGAGCUUUCUGUGCCUAUCAAUAUCUGCAAGGAAACCUCGUUUGGUGCAAAGAAAAACAACACAAUGAAUGCCGAUUCCAAAAUCCAAGAACCCUCACAGAACUAGGAUGGCAAUAUCUGACUUCUGAAGCAAACCAAAAGAUCAUGCUUGAAGGUGUAGUGAAUGGUUGCAUUUCUUUACUCAUGAAGAAUCUCCAAAUUGAGGAUUCAGGGAAAUAUCGGUUUGGAAUUCUAAGCGGCAUGAAAAUGGUUUUCGUAAAGUCAAUCAAAGUGGUAGUUCAUCAUGGAGAGCACGGUCAUUUCUUGUCUGGUAAAACUGUCCCACCUCCAACGUCUAGGAUGCCAUUUUCUUCCACCGUAUCAGGAAUCAAGAUGCAAAAGAUGAUCAAGAUACAAGGCGAAUCUCUCAGUGUCAAGGCUUUUUGUUCCCAGCAACAUGCGCAAGCAGAGAGAGUUUGGUGCAAAGAGGAACUGACGAAAGAAUGCAAUCUUGCAAAGCCCAUAAGGUUCUCUGGAUCAGGAUGGAAAGGUCUCACUACAAAACCAAAUCAACGUGUCAUUCUAAAUGAUUUGGGAAACGGAUGUAUUUAUGUCUUCAUGUCAGCUCUUCAAUCAGAAGAUACAGGGAUAUAUUGGUUUGGGGUUCUUGAUGGCCCCAAUAUAAUCCCUUUAGGAAAGAUCACGGUGAUUGUUCAAAAAGAACAGCAAAAGGAAGGUAACGGGACUGCAACCAGUGAAGAUGAACAAAGAGUUUACCAGGUUGCCUGGAUUCUGGUUUCCAUUGCUGUUGGUAUAACAAUUUUUGCUGCCUUCACGUUAGUUGUCAUGGUGCUCAUCAAGAGAAAGAGGAGAGUGGAAGAUGACGUGAAUUUUGGUGAUAACCCAAACUGUAAAGUAAUAUCCUUACAGAUUCAUGAAAGCGACACUGCCAAAAGUUUGCACGAAGAAAUGAACACAAUAUAUUCCAUAGUGAAGACACCCGGAUCAAGCAUAGAUGUCAACAGAACAUCUCCAUUAAGAUCAAAUAUCUACAAACAUUCCAGUCAGUCAAUUGGUUCACUUUCUCCUUCAGGUUCUGUGGAAUAUGCAAGCAUCUCCAUUUAAUCACAUUUCACCUUUUGGGGUGCAAAAAUAAAAUAAACUUUGUUAGUUCUCAUUCUACACAACUGGAUUCCAAUGUGAGAAUUUCAUUGAUUUUAGAAUUAUGAUCUCUCCUAGGAUACUUCUUUAAUUUCUCAGUGUUGGACAAAUUUAUAAUUUUAAAAGCUGAUAUUUUAAGUCCUGUAAGUGCCAUUAUCUUAAAUAUCUGCACCAGUUUGCUGCUCUGUGAAGAUACACAGCCUGGCAACUACUUAGAUAUGGACAACUUAGUCCCAAUUCUUCGUAUGAGAUUCUUCUUUCUGCCUAUACCACUGAACAGAAUUAAUGGUUUGUUUUAUCACUAUUUUGAGGUAAGAGACACAAAAACUAGCUUAGGCCUUAAAAUAGUAUAAAAAUCAAAAGAAACACCAAACAAAAAUAGACAUCUGGAAUGAACUAGAGUGCGUACAGAUAAACUACACUGUGAAUAAAUCACAUAGACUGAGGCUCUUUUGGUCCUUUUUUUAAAAAGCUUCAAAUUUCAUCCAUUCUAUGGAUGCUUUAAUAUAUUCACAAAUGUAAAUUUUAACACACAAUAUAUACUUAAACUGCUGUUAAAAUUAUUCAUGUUUAUGCAAGCGUUCUUCCUUGUAUGAGCAAAAUUUAUGCUUGGAAAGGGACAUGGGCUAUUUUAUGUAACACUUUACUGCAUAAUUAAAUCUGUAUAUGUUUCAAGAAAAGUUUUUUUUUUUCUGAGAUGGUGUCCCUUUAAUUACAGCAUCUAUGGAGAUAGAAUGUGAGCUAGAGCUAAAUGGGGGGAUGAGGUAUAUAAGUAAGAAGUGAAAACCUUUUUUAAUUUAUGUACUUGUCUCCUCAGCUGAGUUCUGAUACCAGAAAUUUAUUUAGGUAUGCAAAAACUAUUUGAAAAAGGAUGCAGGGAUAAGGCAGCUGGCACAGAAAGGGAAGGCUCUUCAUCCUUCAUCCCAGCCAAGCAGCUUUGGGUACCAUGGUGGGAUACCACAGGCUGAUGCCAUACAAGCAGGGGUGGACUGCUGCCAGUUGUAACAACCAGUUUACAAUUGUGAGUGCACAUGCGGCAUCAAAAAACCACCAGUUAUAUAGGACGUGAUAGCGCCAGGGUGGAUGGGCGGAAUAAUUCCUGGUUGGAGCUACCGGUUCGCCCGAACCGGUCCUAACCAGCACCAGCCCACCACUGCAUACAAGGCAGGCAGGUGUGCAGGUGCUGCCAUAUAGGCAGGCACUACAGAGCAUGGGCAAAUGGGCACAACAGCUACAGGCAGGCUCUAAAAAGCACAGGCAGAUAGUGGGUACUGCUAGGGAUUAUCAUAGACCCUAAGGAUCAGGGGUCUCCUGGCAACUUUGGCAACUUUAAGCCUGGAGGACUUCAAUUCCCAGAAGCAAAGCUGGCUGGGGAAUUCUGGGAGUUGAAGUCUGCCAGACUUAAAGUUGCCAAGGUUGGAGACCCCCUGCUACAGAGCAUAGGUAGAAGGUAUAGGCAGGCACAAUAGAACAUGGGCAAGUGAAAAAGUAGCAGGAGCACCAGCAACUUCUGACUUCCUGGUGAAUUCCCUAUGGACUUUGCUUGUUGGAAACCCACACAGAAUGUCAGAAAUCACAUAACUGCAGCUCACUGCACCAUCGGAAUUGCAAGCCAGAUACCAAGCACCCAUAUCGUGACCCUAGAGCAGGGGUCUUCAACCUUGUCAACUUUAAGCCUGGAGGACUUCAAUGAAGUCCGCCAGGCUUAAAGUUGACAAGUUGGAGACUCCUGUCCUAGAGCAAAGCUGCAACACCCAAAACUAUGAGGACUGGUUCUAAGUACCCAUCAUUCAGCACCACUGUCAAUUUGAACAAUUGCUGAGCAAGUGCUUGUAACCGAAGGACUACCUGUACUUGUCUAAGUACAUACUCCACUCAACAAAGAAGGAAUCCUCAGCAUACAUAUCCGCAAAAGAAUUUUGCUAGAUGUGAAUAUUUUUAUUUUUAUUUUCAUUUCACAAAUGAUACGUUUCCCUGAAAAUAAGACCCUUGGUUGUUGUUGUUUUUUGUCACCAAAAAACAACAACAACCAAGGGUCUUAUUUUCGGGGGGGGAGGGGAAAUGUCGUCUGCUGACUCACCUCACUUGCGCACGUUGCCCCUGGCCUCCUUUUUGCUGUCAGAGGCCUGCAGGAACUACUUCCGCCAGCAAGGCCAGCAAGACUUUCCUGAAGGCCUCUGCAGCCGAUAACAGAGCUCUGGAUCGAUCCGAAGCUCUGUUAUCGGCCAGAGGCCUUCAGGAAAGCCUUGCCGCCUGCAGAAGAAAUGGGCCGAGGUGUGCGAGGCCUGGCUGCAACUGUCCGAAGGUAAGUAGUAGGGCAGCUCCACUCUCCCCAUCCCCACCCUAGCUUAAUUUUUACCCGUGCACCCUGUAGUGGGCGGGAUCUUAAUUAGGGCUUUUUGGGGGGUAGGGUUUAUAUUGGGCGCACAUGUAAAAUCAAGCUAGGGCUUACUUUUGGAGUAGGUUGUAUUUUCGGGGAAACACGGUAUAAAGUUGACCUUAUUGCCUUCGACCACACCCUUCUCUAAUCAUGAAGGACAAUUUGCAGCUUUGUUCAAAGUAGGACCCAAAAAUUAAGAGAAUUUUUCCGUUCAAAAAUGCUAAGACCAGAAAAGCAAUAUAUUCUUUUCUGUAGGUAAAAAUGGUGUAUAUAUAAAUCACAAUCUCUCCUAACCUGAACCAAUAUAAUCACAGUAUAAUCAGAGAAGGAAGCAGAAAUACCCAUACUGGACUAGAAAUAUAAAAAAGGCUUAUAGCUGCUGGCCCAGAUCAUAUCAAGUUAUUAACUCAACGUGACAAUGGAACAACUUGCUCCAACACUGGAGGUUUUUAAGAAGAGGUUGAACCACUUGUCUGAAAUGGAAUAGGAUUUCCUACCUGAGCAGGAGGUUGGACUA